GAGAACCAGACAUAGAGACAGAGAGACGGAGAACCAGACAUAGAGAGCGAGUUGAAGAUUAAACAGUGUUUUCCACUCUUCCUAGAAAGAUGAAGUGUGUGUGGCUCUAAGCGCUGAAAGAGGAGAGGUUUAUUGAAGUGCACACACAGGCCUGUAGACGACAUCUCUCCUCCCCUUCACCCCUCCCUCUUGCUCUGCCACUCAUUGAAUGUUUAUUGACAGGAUUGCGUCCAAAUGUCGGUGUUCUUUAGGCAAAGUGUAUGUUUAGCUCACUCUAAACCCCCUCAGAGCUUGGGUGUCUGACAGCGCUCGCUAGAGCAAUGGCACCUCAUUCGACCAACCUGUUCUCGUGAAAUGAAACGAGGGCGCAGCGGAUCAGGCCAUGAGCACUGAGACUAAAAGCAGAACCGAAUGGACUGGACUAGACUAGACUGGACCGGACGUUUCCAACCUUUUCUGUUCCGUGCACAACCAAAUCACAGACAAAAGCCCUGUUCCAAAGUGGAACAGGAGAACUGGCUUUGCCUCUUCAGUUGAGCUUUCCUGGUGGGGGGAUAAUGUGUUGGAAUUGGACAUGACUCAUCAGCUAUUUCAUCAGUGCCAGCUCAUAAACUCUACUAAAAGAACACUAUACUCUGGUUUACAGACUCAUGCUUGCGUGUGCAUCCGUGUGUGUUUCCCCAGGGUGGAGGAGAGCUUUAAGACCCUGUUCUGGUCCAUCUUCGGUCUUUCGGAGGUGAUCUCCGUGGUCCUGAAGUAUGACCAUAAGUUCAUAGAGAAUAUUGGUUAUGUGCUGUUCGGGGUCUAUAACGUCACUAUGGUGGUGGUUCUACUCAACAUGCUCAUCGCUAUGAUCAAUAGCUCCUACCAAGAGAUAGAGACAGAUGCAGAUGUAGAGUGGAAGUUUGCCCGUGCCAAGCUGUGGAUGUCCUACUUUGACGAGGGUCGCACUCUGCCGGCUCCUUUCAACAUGGUGCCUUCUCCCAAGUCCUGGUACUACCUGGUCCUCCGCACCAAGGCCUGCAUCGUUCACCUCUGCAAGGCCAAGGGGCGUCGCCGCGACAACGAGCUAGAGAUGGGCAUGCUUAACUCACGACUCAAGGGCAAACGCUACAGAGCCCACAGUCGACCACGAGAGGAGUCCACUCUCAGAAAAUCCAUCAAACAUCCCACCAGAUACCAGAAGAUCAUGAAGCGUCUCAUUAAACGCUAUGUUCUGAAAGCUCAGGUUGACAGGGAGAACGAUGAAGUCAAUGAAGGGGAACUGAAGGAGAUCAAGCAGGACAUCUCCAGCCUGCGCUAUGAGCUCCUGGAGGAGAAGUCUCAGGCCACCGGAGAACUGGCUGACCUCAUCACACAACUCAGUGACACAUUUGUCAAGAACGCCACCAAAAAAAACCUAAGAGAGAGGGGAGAAGGGGUAGGAGAGAGGGGUGGGGGAGGCAUGAAAAUAGAGGGAGAGUGAGAGGUGGGGGGAAAGAGGAGAGAAGAGAAAGGGGGAGGGGAAGAAAACUGGUGAACAGAUAGAGAAUUACAGCGAAAGAGAGAGAGAGUGAUGGAGAGAGUGGAUGAAAAGGUGGUCAGGGAUGAGAGUUGAAAGAGUGGCUCUCGGGCGAGUAGAUGUCCUGAUCUAAUUAGUGGAGGGAGGAGAGUGAGAUAGGACAGGAGGAGAAGAGAGAAAGGGAGGAGAUCAGUGGGACGGAGGGAGAAGAGAGGAGGCAGGAGAGAGGAAAAGUGACAAAGUGAGGAGGCUCUGAACAGCGCGAGGGGAAUAUAGGGGAUGGUUUAGAGUAGAAUUCCGAGGCAGCAACGAAAGACAACCCACACAGCCAAACUACAUCAGCUCAACCUACCUGGGAGAUGGGAACAGAUAGAGAGAGAGAGAGCGGGAGACAGAGAGAGUAGAGAUGGAGACAGAGAGAGGGAAGAAGAAGUAAUGGGGAAGAGGGAGAAAUAAACAAAAGUUGAAAAAACACAUAGUAAUUUAAUGUUUUUUUGUAACUGCAGACAGCUAGCCCAGGGUGUCUUUUCCUGAAGUAUUGUGCCAUAUAGCAGUCCACUGUUUCAGGAAGAUAAAUAUAAUGACCCUUUUUUAUAGAGCAGGCAAUCUAAUUAACACAUUGGCCAAUGGUCAUAUAUUCACACAUACGGAAUGAGUUCACACACACACACACUUAUUGAAUUAUUAAUUUGUUUCCAGACACCCAGUGGAGGUUGCACAAGAUUUUUUAGUUCAUUGAAAUAGCAUUUGAAACUCUGAAGUCGGAAUCCGUAGCGGUGAAACUGCCAUGUCCGUUUACGAUAUUACAACAAUAAAGACAUUACCUCAAACAAAGAACCCCUCGGACAUCGUUGCAGGCACGAUAGAAGAGCAGAAUGUUUUGUUUUUUUACCACAAUGCUCCUCUGUCCCGUUUCAAAAACAAAACAAUAAGGAAAGCGCCUGGGGCUACCAGUGGCGCCAUUUCACAAAAUGCACAUCUCAGCUUCAAACUGUGUCUUUGUUUUGUGUGUGUGUGUGUGUGUGUGUGUGUGUGUGUGUGUGUGUGUGUGUGUGUGUGUGUGUGUGUGUGUGUGUGUGAAGAGAGAGCGACACUGUCUAUCUAUACAGUGGCAAGAAAAAGUAUGUAUUUAUCAUAAAAUCUGAUCUUCGUCUAAGUCACAACAAUAGACAAACACAGAGUGCUUAAACUAAUAACACACUAAUUAUUGUAUUUUUCUUGUCUAUAUUGAAUAGAUCAUUUAAACUUUCCCAGUUUUAGGUUGUAAAAAGUAUUUGAACCCCUAGGCUAAUGACUACUCCAAAAGCUAAUUGGAGUCAGCUAACCUUGAGUCCAAUCAAUGAGACGAGAUUGGAGAUGUUGGUUAGAGCUGCCCUGCCCUAUAAAAAACACAUUUGAGUUUACAGUUCACAAGAAGCAUUGCCUGAUGUGAACCAUGCCUUGAACAAAAGAUAUCUUAAAAUACCAAAGAUCAAGAAUUGUUGACUUGCAUAAAGCUGGAAAUGGUUACAAAAGUAUCUCUAAAUGCCUUGAUGUUCAUCAGUCCACGGUUAGACAAAGUGUCUAUAAAUGGAGAAAGUUCAGCACUGUUGCUACUCUCCCUAGGAGUGUCCAUCCUGCAAAGAUGACUGCAAGAGCACAGCGCAGAAUGCUCAAUGAGGUUAAGAAGAAUCCUGGUGUCAGCUAAAGACACCUCUGGAAAGUGCUAACAUCUCUGUUGACGAGUCUACGAUACGUAAAAUACUAAACAAGAAUGGCGUUCAUGGGAGGACAACACGGAAGAAGCCACUGCUGUCAAAAAAACAUUGGUGCAUGUCUAAGGUUCACAAAAGAGCACCUGGAUGUUCCACAGCGCUUCUGGCAAAAUAUUCCGUGGACAGAUUAAAUUAAAGUAGAGUUUUUUGGAAGGAACACACAACAAUAUGUGUGGAGAAAAAAAGGGACAGCACACCAACAUCAAAACCACAUCCCCACUGUAAAGUGUGGUGGAGGGAGCAUCAUGGUUUGGGGUUGCUUUGCUGCC